GCUUCUGAUCAUCUCCCAAGCAAAGAAGCCAUGAAGAAGAACCAACUAAUUCUGUUGCCCAUUUUCCUGUCACUGCCGCUCCUAGCAAUCUCACAACCUACUCACCGAUACGCAUGCGAUAGAACCGAUCCCAACUCGAGCCAAUUCCCAUUCUGUAACACCUCCUUACCUUACCAGGACCGAGCCAGCGACCUAGUGUCGCGCCUCACCCUCCAAGAGAAGGCGAAGCAACUAAUAAACAGUGCCACAGGUAUUUCUAGGCUUGGUGUGCCCGAUUACGAAUGGUGGUCUGAAGCACUUCAUGGGGUCUCAAACAGUGGGAUUGGGGUGCAUUUUCAUGACCCCAUCCCUGCUGUGACUAUUUUUCCAGCAGUGAUUCUCUCGGCUGCUAGUUUCAAUGAGUCAUUGUGGUACACAAUGGGGCAGGUUGUGUCCACUGAAGGUAGAGCCAUGUAUAAUGUAGGUCAAGCUGGGCUGACAUAUUGGAGUCCUAAUGUUAACAUUUUUCGUGACCCCAGAUGGGGAAGGGGCCAGGAGACUCCAGGUGAGGACCCCCUGGUUGUUUCACGGUAUGCUGUAAACUAUGUCCGGGGUUUACAAGAAGUAGGUAAGGAGGGAAACUUUGCUGCUGAUCGCCUCAAGGUUUCAAGCUGCUGUAAACACUACACUGCCUAUGAUGUUGAUAAGUGGAAAGGGGUUGAUCGAUUUCAUUUUGACGCAAAGGUGACAUUGCAGGACCUAGAAGAUACAUAUCAGCCACCAUUCAAGAGCUGUGUAGAGGAGGGGCACGUAAGCAGUGUAAUGUGUUCAUACAAUAGAGUAAAUGGAGUUCCCACCUGCGCCAACCCAGAACUGCUCAAAGGGGUGAUCAGAGACCAAUGGGGUCUAGAUGGAUACAUUGUUUCUGAUUGUGACUCCAUAAUGGUAUAUCACGAGAGGAUGAAUUACACAGAAACACCAGAAGAUGCGGUGGCUCUUGCCUUGAAAGCGGGUUUAAACUUGAAUUGUGGAUCUUAUCUUGGUGACUAUACUAAGAAUGCAGUUAACUUGGGAAAGGUAAAAGAAUCUAUUGUCGACCAGGCCUUGAUAUACAACUACAUAGUCCUUAUGAGGCUUGGCUUCUUUGAUGGGGACCCAACAAUGCUCCCAUUUGGGAAAAUGGGGCCAUCCGACGUGUGCACCGUUGAUCAUCAACUGUUGGCUCUGGAUGCUGCAAAGCAGGGAAUAGUCUUGCUGCAUAACAAUGGAGCCCUUCCAUUGUCCCCAAAUACCACCAAGACAUUAGCUGUUAUAGGACCUAAUGCUGAUGCAACCAAUACCAUGUUAAGCAACUAUGCUGGUGUACCAUGCCGAUACACUAGUCCUUUACAAGGACUGCAGAAGUAUGUGUCAGCCGUGAGUUAUGAGAAAGGGUGUGCCAAUGUGAGCUGCAGUGAAGAAACCCUGAUUGAGGGGGCAGCCAGCAUUGCAGCCAUGGCUGAUGCCACUGUGGUGGUUGUGGGCCUUGAUCUAUUCAUUGAGGCAGAAGACCUUGACAGAGUGAACUUGACCUUACCUGGGUUUCAAGAGAAGCUUGUGAUGGAAGCGGCUAAGGCAGCAAACGGGACAGUGAUUCUUGUUGUUAUGUCAGCUGGCCCUGUUGACAUUUCCUUUGUGAAGAAUGUGAGCAAGAUUGGGGGGAUCCUAUGGGUCGGGUACCCAGGUCAAGCAGGAGGUGAUGCCAUAUCUCAAGUCAUAUUUGGAGACUACAAUCCAGGUGGAAGGUCCCCAUUUACAUGGUACCCUCAAGAGUAUGUGGAUCAAGUUCCAAUGACUGAUAUGAACAUGAGACCUAAUGCCACUGCAAACUUCCCAGGAAGAACCUACCGCUUCUAUACAGGGAAAUCGUUAUACCAGUUCGGGCAUGGCCUAAGCUACUCGACAUUUUACAAGUUCAUAAAAUCGGCCCCCACCACUGUUCUAGUCCAUUUACUGCCCCAGAUGGACAUGCCUAACAUUUUCUCUUCCAAUUACCCCACAAUGCCAAACCCCAAUACAAAUGGCCAAGCCAUUGAUAUCUCAGCCAUAGACUGCAGGAACUUGAGCAAUAUUGAUAUAGUGAUUGGAGUGAAGAAUGCGGGCGAAAUUGAUGGUACGCAUGUUGUGCUAGCGUUUUGGAAGCCACCAAGGUUAGGAGUGAGGGGGGCACCAGGAGUGGAGCUGGUGGGGUUUGAGAGAGUGGAGGUGAAGAGAGGGAAGACAGAGAUGGUGGGAAUGAGGUUGGAUGUGUGUGGAAAAAUAAGUAAUGUGGAUGAAGAAGGGAAGAGGAAGUUGGUGAUGGGGAUGCAUACACUUGUGGUUGGUUCUUCAAGUGAGCAACAAGCGAGGCACCAUGUCAACUUUAGGCUUGCUAAAAGUGAGCCCCAUAUGAUGUAAAGUGGGGCAGAAACUUUAAUGUAAUGUAAGGCAUCGUGUCAACAUUAGGCUUGCUCAAAAUGAGCCAUGGUACAAUUUGAGCCAUAAAGUGAAAAAUGAAAACCGCUAGAGGAAGGGCUUGAACCUUCGACCUUGUGGUUAACAGCCACACGCUCUAACCAACUGAGCUACUCCAGCUGUUGAAUUUUUUAAAAAAAUUUAUAUAUAUCACUAUAAUUCGUUUGA